AUGCACUCAACUCGGGCUGACCCAAAGAAGAGAUCUAAGAUCUUUAUCUCCAAGGAGUUGCAUAGAAUGACUAAGUCGCCCAGUGAGAAUUAUAGCGUUGGUUUACUUAACGAUUGCAUUUAUACCUGGGAAGUACUUAUUAUAGGUCCAAAAGACACGAUCUAUGAGAAUGCCUUAUUAAGAGGAGUACUAGUCUUCCCAGAAACGUAUCCUGAAGACCCUCCAAGUUUUAAGUUUCUGUCGCCCAUGUGGCAUCCUAAUAUAGAUAAGGACGGCAAUCUGUGCAUCUCAAUUCUUCAUAAAUCAGGCGAUGAUGAGUAUGGAUAUGAGGAUGCUAGCGAGAGGUGGAUGCCGGUGCGGGAUAUUGAGUCAGUACUCUUUUCGAUCAUGUUGUUGUUGGUUUCGCCGAAUUCCGAGAGUCCGGCGAAUUUGGAGGCCGCCCAGGAGUUCCAGAAGGACCUCAGUACGUAUAAUAAGAAGGUUCGUCGGCUGGCCCAGAGCACCUUAGAGCAAUAA